GAGAGAGGAACAUACAGAGGAGAGACUGUGCUGGGAUGGAGAGACAGGGAUGCUGUUGCUAGGGAACAGUAAGGAGAUGUCCAUCUUUUACAGCUUGCUCCACAUACAGCAAGGUUCGGAAAGGUUUACCUUUUAUAAAGGAGGGCGAUAAAUGCACCAUAUAAUAGAGAGAAGGAUAAAAGGAAGGGGAGGAGACGCCAGGUGACAUGACGUAAUCUGGAGUGAAGAAGAAUUAAAAAACACAUCUGAUAACUGCUCAAAAGUAAUCUGUAUGUUGUCGUUUCUGGAUGAUAAUGGCCAUGCACAGAUCCUGAGACACUGAAAAUCAUCCACCCGCCCCAGAUGCCUCCCUUUGUCUGAGGAGAACCACAGACGGGACCGGCUUCACCCGACAGACAGACAGACAGACAGACAGACAGACAGAGUCAGCUCUGAAGUUCGCCGUCCGGCAUGAACGCUAUGGAUUUAAUCAAGAGCUGAGAAAUCAACAGGCCUGAAGGUGAAGCACAGAGAGAAACCAGCGCCUGCUGAGAGAAACUCCCUUCUGCUUGUGAUCGGGAGCAGAGGAUGGGAACCACUGAAGCCACUUUACGCAUGGAGAACAUGAAGGUGAAAGAUGAGUGGCAAGACGAUGAUUUCCCACGGCCUCUUCCUGAAGACGGUGAUUUAGAUGGACUCACUGACAACACUGCUCUGACGGCGGAUCACGUGGAUUCUGUCCGACAGAAGCGCCGCACGCUGAUCGCUCCGGAUAUCAACCUGUCGCUGGAUAAAAGCGAAGGGUCGCUGCUUUCUGACGACUUCCUGGAAACACCAGACGACCUGGACAUAAACGUGGACGACAUCGACACGCCAGACGACGACUCUCUCGGCUCCCUCAACAACGGCAACGAGCUGGAAUGGGAAGACGACACUCCAGUGGCCAGUGCGAAGGGUCCAGGCGGCGACGGCGGCGACGGUACGGGCCGUCUGUGGAGGACGGUGAUCAUCGGCGAUCAGGAGCACAGGAUAGACAUGCAGGUCAUCAGGCCGUACCUGCGUGUCGUCACGCAUGGAGGUUAUUACGGUGAAGGACUGAAUGCCAUCAUCGUGUUUGCUGCCUGCUAUCUGCCCGACAGCGGCUGCGCAGACUACAAUUACAUCAUGGAGAACCUCUUUCUGUAUGUGAUCAGUAGUUUGGAGCUGCUGGUAGCUGAAGACUACAUGAUCAUCUAUCUGAACGGAGCCACGCCGCGCAGGAGGAUGCCGGGCAUCAGCUGGCUCAAGAGAUGCUACCAGAUGAUCGAAAGACGGUUAAGAAAGAAUCUCAAAUGUCUGAUCAUCGCACAUCCCUCCUGGUUCAUCCGGACAGUUCUGGCCAUCUCGCGGCCCUUUAUCAGUGUAAAAUUCAUGGAUAAGAUCCGUUACGUCCAGAGUCUGGAGGAACUGGCUCUGAUCGUUCCCAUGGAGCAUGUGCAGAUUCCCAAGUGCGUGCUGCAAUGUGACGAGGAGCGAAUCAAAGCGGAGAGAGAAAGGCUUGAACAACUGGCCAAGACAUCAGAGAGGCCGCCAUCAGUGGCUGCGGAGGCCUGUCCCUGACGCGUCUCAUUGGAUACACUUCAAGACGGAUUCAUCUGUGCAUGUCAUUUUCCAAAGAUGUUCAAUUGUAAAUAACAAUCAUGUGGAUGAACACAAUCAUCAUCAUCUCAAAACACAAUAAUGAUGUUUGUGAUGCUCUGUCUACAGUGAAGUUUUUCGAUACUCGCUGACCUUUGACCUGGAUCACAACCGGAUCGCAGCUCAGUAAGUGUGAACGAGAGAGAAAACAAAUGCUCACGGACUCUUUUCUUACACUUGUUUUGUUUCUGAAGAGGAACAUCUGUGCAAACUCAAACAUCUUGUGUAAAAGUCGUUUGUGUUGUACAGAUGUAAAACUUGGGAUGUUUAAUACCAGCGGGAUUUUAGCUUGACUUGGCAGUUUAACCAUGUUCACUGGCCAACAGCUUCCACAAUGGGAAACGCAUUCAGCCUGUUACAUAAUGCAGCAGCUUACAGGUCUAAAGUCAACAUGAAAUCAUGCUUGCCUUCAUAAUCAUUCAUUGGUCAACUUGCCAUAAAAAACAACCAAUCACCAAAAAUUAUUUAGUCAUAGUUUUGGGCUGUUGCCGAAGGUAAUUUAUUCUUUUUUAAAAUAGUGUAAGUGGUUAAGGAAAAGUUCACCCAAAAAUAAAGACAA